UCCUCUUUUAGUCGAUUGGUUUCAGUUAUAUUGCUAGACAUAGAUUAUACAUGAUUGCUAGAUUUAAAAAAGAAUUUUCAGAUUUACAGCUUGGUACAUUACUAUUCCAGUUCGAGCCUCGCGCGCAAAUUCUUCUGUCAAAGUUGUAAUAAGUUGUUUAUGUGAGGUUACAUGGUCGCAAAAUUUACAUUUACAUUUUUUCCUGAAAUAAUAAUGAAGACAAGUUCUAAAGAUCAAACUUAAAUAUAACUACUCCGGUGUCACUAGCCUUCUAGUUUUCGCUGUGUCUGUCAAAAAGUACGCGAAUAUUUCAUAGCUGUGGAUUUAUGCAUAAUGUUAUCACACGAUGUAUGAAGAUGAUAACAUCACUUGUACCCCAAAGCGUUUUGUGCUCACUGAAGUUACGAAUUCAUCGAGUUAUGUAUCGCCGACAGCAAAUCUCAAAUUACUAACAAAUGUCGCGUUACAAUAUCCUACACCGCCGCCCAGUGCUGUGCAACGCAAAGAGAAAUCACUUCAAAUAUUGUGUGACAGAUUCUUACAGCUCUAUCCACUCAAAGGUAAUGGAACGGUGGAAAUUCAGUUGGACAGUACUGCAGCCAGGUUAGGUGUCGAGAAGCGACGUAUAUACGACAUCAUUAACAUCUUAGAAGCCAUGCAAUGUGCUGUUCAUAAAAGGAAGAAUACAUAUUUGUGGCAUGGGGGAUCAAGAUUAAAUUCCUUCUUGAAAAUGUUAAAAAAACAAGGGGAGAGCAUGAGACUGUCGGAGGCCCUCAGAGGUAAAGCACCAAAGCCUCCAGCGCCUAGACAUAAAACAUUAGGGGUCCUGGCUCAAAGAUUCCUAAUGUUGUUCUUAGUAGAACCUCUAAAUACAUUAAUCAAUUUAGAAAUGGCUGUGAGGGUACUUAUUGACACAUCUAACAAGAACAAGACAAAUCUCUCCCUGGAACAACAGGAUCGGCAACAUAAGUCUAAAGUGAGGAGAUUGUAUGAUAUUGCCAAUGUAUUGAUAUCCAUUGGUCUUAUAGAAAAAGUAUCCGGAAAUUUAAUAUUAAAGAAACCUGUAUUUAAAUAUGUGGGGCCUUGCAAAAUGAAAAAAUGUGAAAAAACAAUGUUAACAACCCCAUCGCCUAUUACCCCUGUAACUGUAUUGGAAAGCCAGUCUAAGACACCGACAUUGCAAGUAUUCGCAGGAAAAUCUAAACGGAAAUUAGAGUUCACUACUCCAAGUUCGACCAAAGAAAUGAAACUUGGUAUCACAACCCCACCUCACACUCCGUCACACAAAUGGGAUGAAAUCCUGCUCGUAGCUGACAUGGAACUGACUAGAAUUAACAAUGGAGCUGUUUUGUGAUUAUUAAUUUACUGAAAACCAAGAUUUUUCUAAAUGUGUUAGAGAAGGUUGCCAAUUUUUAAAAUUUAAGAAAGUGUCCCCUGUGCCUUAUAUUUGAAUGCUGUUGUGCUAUACAUAUUGUCUUCCAAGGGGAUAAUUAUAUAUUAUGAAAAGAAUAAGAAUUUAACAUGUUCCUAUAUUGAAAUUUUAUUCACUUGUUUUAUGAAAUAGGUAUAUCUUGUCACAGACAAAAUGGUGCAAUAGUCGUUGCAUAUGUAGAAAGUAAAACUGUAAUUAUGUAUUAUGCUUGUGUAUAAAAUUGACCAAUAUAAUAGAAUGAUGGCAUAAUUUAUAUAAAAUUAUAUGUUUAUUUUAAUUUACGAUCAACACUAUGGAUAUAGUAAUGAUCACAAGAUUAUUAUACAACUACAGAAAUAUAUUUUUAAUGACAUAAAAAUUUAAAAUCAAUUUGGAAUUAUAGCUAUUGCAUUACUAUACUAUCACAAAAGAUUAAAGAAUGAGAGAUAUUAAAUUAUAAUUAUUUUUUUAAUUAAGGGUUUAUUUAAAUUAUUGCCUAUGACGAAAUGAUCAGGAAAGAAAUCAUAAAAAUUUACAGAAAUAUAUA